GUUGCCCUGAGGUGCAGAUGCUGCGCCCUCAUCGUCCUCAUCGCCCCCAUCUUCAAGUUUGAUUAGCCUGUUCCUCACAUCCCGUACCUUGCUGCCUGUCAAACACCUCUGAUCUUUAUUUACCAUCCCUGACAUCUCCACCUAGCCCCCUGCUUCCACGUCUGUAUCUUCAACGUCUACCCUCUUCCGCUAUUGAACCGCCAAACCCCGGACAUUACAUACAACCAGUGGCCCAGACCUGACAUUUACUCAUUCACGAGUCUCCGCAGGGAUGGCUGACUCGGAGGGAGCUUCUCCUAAGGAGCAAAUCCUCGAAGCCUGCCGCAGAGACAAUGUCGAGUUAUUCAAUGAAGUGCUCGCAUCCUUCGACGGCCAGCCCAAACAACAGAUAGCCGACUUCUUCAACAACUCCACAGACACUAUGGGCAACCACCUCCUGCACGUAUGUGCUAGUUACGGGGCAUACGACGUCAUGGACGAGUUAUUAAACAUUGAAUUCCUGGAAUGCGAUCCUCUGACCAGACGAGACAAGGAAACCCCGAUCCACUCGGCAGUCAAAUACGCCAACGAGCGCGAAGUCGAAUUGGGCGAAGCAAUGGCCAAGAUGCUGAUUGAAGCUGGAGGCGACCCCAGAGUCAAGGACGGCCAUGGAAGAAAACCGGCCGAAUUGUGCACUCCUCGGACAGAGUCACUGCGGGGUAUAUUGAUCAAAGAAGAAUACAUCCUCAAUGAGGGUCUGAAAAAUGCGGAUGCCUCGCAUGACGACGAUGACAAUGGAGGGGCCAACUCUGCUUCGGAUUCGGAAUAGUUCGAUGCAGGAUAUUUGGAUGUUUCCAAUCAAUGGACAAAAUAUACUAUCGACGGCCAAGGUGGAAAGGACCGCCGCGGGUUUGAUUCCCCUGAAAACGACGAAGCCCCAAAACUUUACUUUAUGGCCUCUCGCAGCUGUUUGACGAAAGGAGCUGCUGCACAUGUACCCAUAGACCGUGGAAGUUACUCACGAUCAUGGAUCCUCCUCUCGGAGAUAUGAGGCUCUCAUCCUUGCGUUCAUGAUGAUGAUUUCCUCAGCGUGGGGCGGGAGACUGCCACGCCGGUCGGAGUUAGAUCUGGAUGAGCACGACUUUUAGAACCAUGACAAUUGAAGGAAUCGACGUCUUCCAAAAUGAGGUACGAGUGGGGAAGCAGAAAUGAAGCGAAAUGAAAUGAUACCAUGAUUGAUAUAUUGCUACAUUCUCC